AUGGCAUUCGUACUGACGACCGUUAAGCUGCCGUCCAAGGAUGUGGCAUUCACAAACUGCGCAUACGUCAAUCCACGGGUGUAUGCCAGUCUCCGACAGACGGCAGCGUCGUCGGGGGAUGCGUCCGGUCACGCCCUCCUCUGCGAGGUGAAGAACAUUGUCGUCUCUGUCAUGCCUGAUGAAUUGCUCCAGGAGAAUGAGAUUGGUUUGAAUACCUGUCAGCGGGAGAGCGCAAGAAUUCAACUUAGAGAUGAAGUUGCGCUUCGCCCUUUUCAGCUUCCGCCGGACCGCGAGCAUCUGUACCAGAUUGGAGUGAUGCAAAUCGAGGUUUCUACUUAUCUCAAACCAGAGUCGCGUAUCGUUGUGCACGAUGACAAGCUGGAAGAGGAAUUUCGAUCGCUCUUUUGUCGGCAAGUCUUCACCCAGCACCAGUGCGUGGCUGUCAAGCUCGACGAGAAGCAGGCGCUCAAGAUGACCGUCAAGGAGAUGCUCCCUUUCGAGGGCGCUAGCCGGCAAAGCUCAAGACUGCUGACACGUGGGCAACUGACAGAAAAGAGUCAGGUGCUUUUUGUCGGGGCAGACGACGGCCGGGUAUGUGUCCAGAGUCGACGCAUGCUGCAGAGAAACAUUCUGACUCCGGAUUUCAAUUUUGAGGAGCUCGGAAUUGGGGGGCUGGACAAGGAGUUCAACGAGAUUUUUCGAAGAGCUUUUGCGUCACGGAUUUUUCCUCCUGCCGUCGUCCAGGAAAUGGGAAUCAAACACGUUCGAGGAAUGUUGCUGUACGGCCCGCCUGGAACAGGGAAGACGCUGAUUGCUCGCCAGAUCGGGAAGAGCCUUCGUGCGCGCGAACCUGUGAUCGUCAACGGACCGGAGAUUCUCAACAAAUACGUUGGCCAGUCGGAAGAGAACAUUCGCAACCUGUUCAAGGCAGCAGAAGACGAAUACAGGAAGCUCGGCGACAACGCUUCUCUCCACAUCAUCAUCUUUGACGAAAUCGACGCCAUUUGCAAACAACGCGGCUCGAACCCUUCUUCUGCGGGUGUGAACGACAGUAUUGUCAACCAGCUGCUGUCAAAGAUUGACGGUGUUGAGGCUCUCAACAAUAUUCUGUUGAUCGGCAUGACCAAUCGAAUCGACAUGAUCGACGAGGCUCUUCUUCGUCCCGGACGUCUUGAGGUUCACAUUGAGAUCGGACUGCCCGACGAGUCAGGCCGAAUUCAAAUCCUGAGCAUCCACACGAAGCAAAUGCGCGAGAGCGGCCGUCUGGGCAACGACGUCGACCUGGCGGUGCUUGCGGCGGAGACGAAAAAUUUCUCCGGGGCGGAGAUCGAGGGCCUCGUGCGCAGCGCUGCCUCGUACGCGUUUCAACGAAAUGUGAACGUGAAGGAUUUGUCGAAGCCAACAGAUGUGGAGACCAUCAAAGUAACGCGUCUCGACUUUGAGAACGCAUUGACGGAGGUUAAACCCGCCUUCGGCGCAGAGGAAGACCUCUUCGACACUCAGAGUGCACAAAACGUGCGAGACAGCGAGAACACCCAGGUUCUCUCCAUUCUCCUUCACGGCCCUCCAGGAUGUGGCAAAACCGCUCUGGCAGCCCACGUCGCCAAGGAAGCGCAGUUUCCCUUCAUGAAACUCGUCACGCCUGACAAUUUUGUUGGUUUCUCGGAGGCAGCUCGGACGAAUUCUUUAUCACGGACGUUCGACGAUGCGUACAAAAGCCCUCUUUCCUUGUUGAUGAUCGACAAUAUCGAAAGGCUCAUCGACUUCACUCCCAUAGGUCCGCGGUUCAGCAACGCCGUGCUUCAGGCUCUCGUGGUCCUGGUGAAGAAAAUGCCUGCCAAAGAAAACCGUCGCCUCCUUAUUCUCGCCACUACCUCGGAAUUCGAAUUCAUGAAGGAAGCAGGUGUUGCCAAAGCGUUCAAUGUUUCGUUGCAAGUGCCGCUCGUUCGCGGGCCUCACCAAAUUCGCACGGUCCUCCAAGCGCACUGCGGGGAUCGUCACGUCUUUCCCCCAGAGGAAAUUGCGCUGGUCUGCGAAUCUGGCAAGGUCCAUGAUGUGAGCAUCAAACAGCUUCUCCUGGUUACUGACAUGGCGAAGGAGUUCUCGAAGCCCGGUCCCAUCAAAUGCGGCCCGUUCCUUCAGUGUCUACACGAUUGUGGCUACGAGGGGGGUUUCGACGCAAUGCCUUUCUGA